UGCGAGUGUCAUCGUGUGUUCCAUGUAACACUCACUCUUUGAUUCCACCUUAACUUGAAGGACCACUUAAAAAGCCCACGUUCCCCAUGACGUCCUAACCGCCAUUUCCCAACCGUUUCUUCUCCCCAUCAUCCCAUGAUCCAAUUUCAAAUCACAAACCCAUAAAACUAUAUAUGCAGAACCAAACAAAGCUAAUUCCAGGAAGAAACGAACUUGAAUAGACAGAGGAAGUAGAAAGUACCUGAGAGUAAAAGAAGAGAUUGGGAUGAAAUGGACGAGGCGGCGGGAGCAGAUGAAGACGAAGAAGAAGAAGCAGCAUUUGUUCUCCUCGUCCAGGUCCUCGACGAGCUUUUCCUUGACCCGGGCCCUUCCUCUCUCCUUGAUGUCCAAGCUAAGGCGCCUCACCUCCAAACUUGAUUCCCGCUCACACAAUCCCAAGCGAAGCACCCCACUCGAACCCAUCUCCCAUUCCUCCCCUGCCUCCUCUUCCACCGCCGGCGCCACUCCCAGACCAUAUCGCCACUGUUCCGCCGCCCACCGUCUCCCCUCCUCGCCCGUCCAGGACGUCCUGCGCCGGAUCGCCGCCCGUUUCCCGCCAUCCGUGGAUGAUGAGAGACUUCUUGUUCGAUCCAGAGCGAGUCGCCCGACUCGGCCCAAUUCGUUGACUGACCUCGAACUGAGGCCGAUUCGUUGUCGUAGAUCGGACUUCCGAUUCGCCGGGAGUUCCCCAGAAACGCAGCGGCCUUUUGAGAUCCCCACGGAGAAAGAGCGGUCUGGGGACGAUCGCAAGCUCCGGCGACGGAAUCAGCGUUGGGAAAAACCGAUCAAUGGAUCGGAGACGCCUCCAAGGAGACCUUCGGGGAAUCGCAAGUUAAAAAGACUGGUGAAAGAGGAAAGAGAGGUAAGUCCAUCUCCGACAACAAGAUCCACGCCUCCUCGUCUUCCGAAACCCAUCACGACCAACGGAAUCGAUCCUCCUCAAAGAUUAAUACAUUGUCCAGAUUCGGCGCAGAAAUCCAUCGCUGGAAAGAUUCGCCGCAGAGCAAGAGUUAGGGUUUACUCCCCUCGGACGGAGAAGGCGUCGGCGGCGAGGGUGAGAGGGAAAGACGAGGAGAAGGGGAGGAGGCAGUUGGAGAGCUUCGCGGUGUUGAAGUGCUCGCGAGAUCCGCAGAGGGAUUUCAGGGAGUCGAUGAUGGAGAUGAUCGCGGAGAAGGGGAUGCGGCAGGCGGAGGAGCUGGAAGGGCUGCUGGCCUGCUACCUGUGCCUCAACUCGGACGAGCACCACGACGUCAUCGUCGAGGUGUUCCGCCAGGUCUGGCUCGACUUGACUCGGGAGCGCUUCAGGUCCGAGUCCGAGUCGGAGCGGGGAGACGAUUGUUCCCCUGCGCCUGAUUCUUGAGCGAGAUGACUAACGGAUCGUCCACAUGGUGUCGGUCUGAUCACAUUGUAUGGUUUCAUUUGUCGUGUGAUUUUGAUCAAUUAUGCCAAGUUUUAACACUCGGCGUGUGCAAAGGACAUCCUAAUAUGUUCCACAAGCUCCAAUCUACAAAUUUUCCAGGCUAUUGGUUUAGAAUUUGUUCCGAAGUCUGAAUCCAAAAUCUUAUAGAAUUCAUGGGUU